ACGAUAUUGUACCGACAAAUCAGUUGAGCUCCAGACAGCAUUUCCGUCUGCCCUUUUAUUUCGUCGCUCAUCAAAAUGCGUCUCAUCUUAUGGGCGAUGGGUUUGUUCUCCCUCGUCGGGUUGGCAACUUCGAAAAAUGUGGCGGGUGGUAACGUGCCAAGCGUUUCAGUCGUCGGCGGAACGCCAGCUGCCGCUGGUGAAUUUCCCUAUUUGGCUGGUUUGAAAUUGGGUUCGAGUUUUUGUGGCGGGAUUUUAAUUAGUCCAGUUCAUGUCCUGACUGCUGGACAUUGUUUGUACGGUAAAAGUCAAACAAGCGCCAGCACAUUCACCGUGCGCCUAAACACGUUGGCGUAUGACGGAUCAACUGCCGGGAUUGUUACCACAGGAGUCAAGAAAUUCAUCAUUCAUCCCAAUUAUAAUCCCAACACCUUCGAAAACGACCUCGGUUUGCUGGUCUUGAAUCAAGCGGUCACGAAUGUGAGCACCAUCUCCUUCCCGUCAUUAGCAACAGCCACCACGACGACGACGAAACCAGCCACAACCAAAGUGACCACGCCUUUUUGUUCGUGUACGUGCGCACCACCAACUACUAAAUCCAAAGUGUCCCAGCAGGUCAAGACCACCAAAAAACCCAGCACAGUCCAAGCUCUGAGUGGUUACGCCAAUAUGAGUGCCGUCAUCGCUGGAUGGGGCUCAACAUAUUCAGGUGGACGGGUUUCACAGAAGCUGCUGAAAGCCAACGUCACCAUCCAAGACAAUUCGGUUUGCACUCGCCAAUACGGCAGCGAGUUCAACGGAAACGCCAUGUUGUGCGCAUCCGCACCGGGCAAAGACACCUGUCAGGGUGACAGCGGAGGUCCGAUUAUUGUCAACGGAAUUCUGGUGGGCACCACCAGCUGGGGUUAUGGCUGUGCCAAUCCUAAUUAUGCCGGAAUCUAUACCCGAAUCACCACUUAUGUCGACUGGAUUCAAACAACCCAGGCCAACAAUCCAGGAUCAAAACAAUUCAAACCCUAUUUUUAAAAACAAAUUGAUGUCUAUUUUGAUUUGGACGUCAUUCGUGAGUUUCAUUUGCAAAUGGAUGACUUGUUAUUGGUUAUUAAACGCAUACAUGUUUGUCAUGAAGUGCGCAAUAUAAAUAUUUGAUUGGUCGAGUAA